AUGAACAACCAAACAUGGCACCCAAAAGACUACCAAGACGCCAUGUCCAACACGCUCAGCGACGAAGAUCUAACGCGGCUGCUCAAGCAACCCGGCUGCGCACCACGCUUCGUCUACGGGGCUCUCAUGCUGCCCACCGUGCUGAAGUGCAUCAUCAACGAGAGCCAGACCGUCAAUAUCCAUGAGCGCAUGACACGCGCCACGGUCUCGGGGUUUAGACUGUAUCAGUUCUCGAGCACAAGCACCCCGGUGAUGCGGCGGAGCCGGGAUCCCGGGUCGGUGGUAGAAGGGAUUCUAGUUCUCGGGCUGGACGAGACGCAGCGAAAUGCGAUCUACGAGCUCGAGUGCGGGCUGAUGGGGUUGGUGAGCGUGGAGGUGCAGAUCUAUGUGCGUGAGAACCUCGAGGAACUUGAUAUUCUGAACGCGAGGACUGUGGAUGCGGGUGCGUUUGUCUGGGUCGGGUCCUCGGUCGAAUUGAUCCCCAUGAAGAGCUCGAGGUGGGCGGUGGAUGGCUUCCUGAAAGAGCCGUUUUAUGAAUCGAUCGAGACUUCUCAGCGUAGACGGGCUUUAGAUGGCGAGGACCGGCCCCCGGAGGCUUCUGACGGCGGCGGUGAUUGA